GCAUAUAGAUUCAACUUGGUUUUCAUCAUCUUUCCCCAAACUCACUCUCUCGUAAUGUCGCAAGCUGCUACCGUAUCAUCAAACAACCUGCCUUAUGCCGACCUGCCCCCGAUUGUGGCAGCACUCUUCGAGGCUAAAGCAAAGAAAGGGUUGUCCUUUGAAGCUAUUUCUAAGGCAAUCGGAAGAGAUGAGAUCUGGGUAGCUGCAGCGUUCUAUGGACAGGCCAAAAUGUCUCCUGAGGAGCUUGAAGCUGUUGCCAAUGUCCUGGACAUUCCCAUUGCUAACGUCCAGAGUGAGCUUGGUUCCCACUGGUGGCCUAACCGUGGUGGCCUUGGACCUAUGCCCCCCACCGAUCCCGUCCUCUAUCGUCUAUACGAGAGUGUCCUCGUGUAUGGUCAUGCCAUCAAGGCUGUCGUUCAUGAGAAGUUCGGCGACGGCAUCAUGUCCAUGAUCGACUGCAAAGUUCACGUUACCAAAAAGCCGGACCCAAAGGGUGACCGUGUCGUUUUGACCUUUGAUGGCAAGUUCUUGCCUUACGCAAAAUGGUAGAAACUUCGUACUUGUCAAUAUAUUGUAUUAUUACCACAUAUGAUGUUAGGGAACCCUGAUGCAAUUUUUUCUGCCAGAUAUUUUGAUUCAGACCAGGAUAUGAUGAAUAAAGUCACCUUCGUGGUCGAAUGUCACCUAACCACAUUUACCACAGGAAACCAUGAUGUCCAGCUCACCUUCAACUUCUGAAAGCCCUUCUCGGGUGCACAGCCUUUCCUCAACCUCCCUUUCGUCUUCGAGAUCUAGUUCAUCCUUCUUCUACCACGGUUCUCAUGCUUCCAGCGUUACAGAGAUUUCAAGCAGCCCCCCAGGUUCU